UCCACACCCUGAAGCUUGGGAGCCCAUAAAGAACAAUGUCAUUCGAAGAAGUAUAUGAGCAGUUAUUUCAACGAGGUAGGAGCAGGACAGGGAUAUGAAAGACAUGAGCGUUAUCUAUUCCAGUUGAGCGGAGGCGAAGGGAGAAGAGAAGCCACGCUGCUUUCGAGGACGGAUCAGAGUCCCAAGAUCCGGAGAGCGGGGUGCAUGUGAACCCCAAAGGCAUUCAUUCCAGUGCUGGAACUUGGAAAAGGAUCAGCUAGCGUCAGCAACUUUGGCCCAGAGGAUUUGACCAGGCAGGAGCCACUUUUGGUUGGGAUGUGCGGCUCCUCAUUCUGGUUCCAGUCCUGGCCGGCCGAAGGGCGCAGGCUCGCACAAUAGACUCCAGUUUUUCAAUAGCGACACCAGCCAUGGACAAUCCAGAAAGAAAACGCAUGCGCACGGAGAAGUUCUAUCAAUAUGUACACGUUCCUGAGUGCUGUGGGCGGGGAAUGUAAAACUGCAUGGGGGAUUCUAGUCGGACACGCUUCCCUCCUGCACAACGUGUGAAGUGGCCCUUGCGUGACAAUGGCAAUAGAUUUUGCAAGGCUUGCCAUCAGCUCUUUUACUGAUCUUUCCUUUCUCUUUCAUAUAACAUAUGGGGGCGGGGAGUAUCCACAACAUAGCUGCCAAGUUCUCCCCCUUUUUAAGGGAAAUUCCCUUAUGCUGAAUAGGCUUCCUCGCGAGAAAAGGGAAAACUUGACAGCUAUGAUCCACAACAUAAAUGCAAAAUUAAAAACUCAGAAGUACAACUGUGUUAUUAGCUUAAAUCCUUGGAAGGAUCAGAAACUCUUUCAUUAGAGGUUGGUUUGUUUUUUAAGGAUUUUUGGCUGCGGAGAGGAGAGGAACAUAUGAAAGUGAGUUUCGGGUUGUGGGGAAUCUUCCUUUCCAUAGUCUGACACUGUGUACACAACAUAGAUUUAAAGCACCCUCCUAAAAAAAAAUCCAGGAAGCUAGUUUGUUAAGGGUGCUGGGAACUGUAGCUUUGUUAGGGGUAAACUACCGUCCCUACUUUGUUGGCCACCUGACCCGGAAGCUGUACUCUGGCUCCCAUAGCCAGUAAAGCGAGAUGAGCGCCGUAACCCCAGAGUCGUCCGCGACUGGACCUAACGGUCAGGGGUCCCUUUAUUUUUAUUUUUACCUUUACCGUCCCCAGGGAGAGGCUAAUGCCCUGUAGAUUCGCGACAAGAGCGUUUACUUUAAACUCCGCAUCUAGCUCAAGCCCAGCACGGUAUUGUAUAUCUGCUAUAGGAAGCGCAUUAAAAAGUUACAAAUAGUUAAAUAGUGAGCACCUUGGUUUCAUUCACUCAAUACAUACCGUAGAGAUGACUACUAAACGUGGAGAGAAGAAAACAAGGGAAAUAGAGAAAGGGAAUAGGUAAAAUAAAGUCGAUGUUCAUUUUUAUUAUUUUAUUGCAGCUUUGUCCAUCUAGCCCUUCGACACACGUAGGACACGAUCAAAGCCAAAUGCUUCUGUUUAACUGGUCUGGGGAUCGCAUCCACGCAACAAUGAACCACAGCAUUAGGAAGGAAAGAGAGUUGAACUUAAACAGGACCAAGUUUGGAAUUCUAACUCUACUUCCCGGGGAGUAAGUAAGCCCUGUUGAAUCCAAUAGGACUGGCUUCGGAGUAGACAUAGUUAGGAUUGCGCUGUAAAGCGGCUUGGCGGUUGCCACUGACUAGGGAAAAUCGCUAUCUUUCAUUUCAAGCCCGUCUAGAAGAAUAAUUUACCUUCCAGGGCUGCCCCGAGUACAAGCCAUUUUUAAGGCACUGCUUUGUUUUUAAAUGAAGACUAAGACACUUCCGAGGAGGAAGCCAAGAGGGGCUGAGGAUCUCGUUGCAAGGAGUUGGGGGCAGAAACCCGCGCGCGAACCACUGAGCAGAGUGCGCAGCAAGGUCUCCAAACGCAGACGAGCCGGAUUAGCGCAGUAAAGGCUUAAGGCACAUCACUACAGUCUUUCAUAAUAAGAUCACAAGUAACCCAUUUUAUGACCAGAUUCUACCCAGUGCCUCCUUGCAAGCGGCACCCGCACACCCAGAGCGAUGCCUGGGCAACUGCUUUCUAUGCAGGAAGGUCCCUGGUUCAAUUCCCAGCAUCUCUGGGAGAGAGAGAGCUCCGUCUGGAGAGGCGCUGCCAGCCAAGGUAGGCAAGUGCUGAGCUAGAUGGACCAAAUGGUCUGACUCGGUAUAAGGCGGAUUCCCCCAGUUCCUAUGUCCAAGCUCCUCCCAUUGGCCUUAAUGGCAAGCGCUGACUCGCACUUGCUUCAGACGCAACGAUCAGGUGUACUUAGUGCAGAGUAAAGGAUCGCAGCCAACCGCACCUCAGCAGGGAGAGACUUUCCUUUUGUAGAUCCAAGCGGCAAGGACAUCGCCUGGCGGCCUUUCCCAACGAGCUGGAGAAGCGCAGAGGGAGGGGGAGGAAAAGGGCUCAAGGAACGCUGCGUUAGGAUCCCGUUGCGUCGGCUCUUCCGCGCGAGAGCCUAGCGCAAGGCGCCGCCGGCUGGCUUGCCCUCUAGUUCCGCGCCCGCCUGAUGUCACAAUGAGGCGCAGGCCGCGGCCUCCCUCCCGCCCCUUGAUGGCGCCGGCUUCCGUUCGGUUGCCAAGGAGAAGGAUACACACCGCGGCCCAAACUGAAAAGGCCCCGGGGGAAGACGGUGAAGCGCGGAGCCUAGGCUGCGGAGCCCGAGGGGCAGGUGGAGCUGCAGGAGCUGCUCGGGUUUCUGAGUGGAGAGGCGAAGCGGAGGAGCAAGACCCUCCUCAAGGCCGCAGGGGGAUCCAGGGGGCGAGACACCACCUCACGGGGACGCUGCCGAGGCUCUGGGAAGUGGGUGACCAGCAAGAGCCAUGAGUCAGAGGCAGGUCUUGCAAGUCUUUGAGCAGUAUCAAAGAGCCCGAACGCAGUUUGUUCAGACUGUUGCAGAACUUGCUACUAGGCCACAAAAUAUCGAGACUCUCCAGAAUGCAGGUGUAAUGGCUCUGCUGAGGCCGCUCCUAUUGGAUGUGGUUCCAAAUAUUCAACAGACAGCUGCUUUGGCUCUUGGGAGACUUGCCAAUUAUAAUGAUGACCUGGCAGAAGCUGUAGUUAAGGGAGAUAUUCUUCCGCAGCUCGUGUAUUCAUUGGCUGAGCAGAAUCGUUUCUACAAGAAAGCAGCUGCGUUUGUAUUGCGAGCAGUUGGAAAACAUUCUCCCCAGCUAGCCCAGGCGAUAGUUGACUGUGGAGCACUAGACACGUUGGUCAUCUGCUUGGAGGAUUUUGACCCUGGAGUAAAGGAAGCUGCGUCCUGGGCCCUUGGCUAUAUAGCGAGACACAAUGCAGAACUGUCACAGGCUGUGGUGGAUGCUGGAGCAAUUCCUCUUUUAGUCCUCUGUAUCCAGGAGCCAGAGAUUGCUUUGAGAAGGAUUGCUGCUUCCGCGCUCAGUGAUGUUUCAAAGCAUUCUCCGGAGUUAGCACAGACGGUUGUGGAUGCGGGGGCAAUUGCUCACUUGGCUCAGAUGAUCCUCAACCCCGAUGCCAAACUAAAGCGUCAGGUGCUCUCAGCUCUCAGCCAGAUAGCAAAGCAUUCUGUGGAUCUGGCAGAAAUGGUGGUUGAAGCAGAAAUUUUCCCUGUUGUACUCACAUGCCUGAAGGACUCGGAUGAAUAUGUCAAGAAAAAUGCUGCAACUCUAAUUAGAGAGAUAGCAAGGCAUACGCCUGAGCUUUCACAACUCAUAGUGAAUGCAGGGGGAGUUGCUGCUGUCAUUGACUGUGUUGGUUGCUGCAAAGGAAAUGUUAGACUUCCUGGUAUCAUGAUGCUGGGCUAUGUGGCAGCUCAUUCAGAGAACCUGGCCAUGGCAGUGAUCAUUUCAAAGGGGGUUCCACAGCUGGCAGUGUGCUUGUCAGAAGAGCCAGAAGAUCAUAUUAAGGCAGCAGCUGCCUGGUCUUUGGGACAGAUUGGGAGACACACUCCGGAACAUGCCCGUGCUGUUGCAGUAGCAAAUGUCUUGCCUGUACUGCUUUCGCUGUAUAUGUCACCUGAAAGUUCAGAAGAUCUUCAAGUCAAAACUAAGAAAGCUUUAAAGAACAUCCUGCAGAAGUGCACUCACCUGCCAGCACUCGAACCCUUAUUGCAUGAUGCUCCUCCAAACAUCCUGAAGCACAUAGUUGGCCAGUUCAGUAAGGUUCUGCCCCAUGAUUCCAAAGCACGGCGCCUUUUUGUAACGAGUGGAGGCCUUAAAAAGGUUCAGGAGAUAAAAGCAGAGGCUGGGUCACUUCUUCAAGAGUAUAUCUACACAAUUAACAAUUGUUAUCCAGAGGAAAUAGUCAGAUAUUAUUCCCCUGGAUAUUCUGAAGCACUUCUGGAAAGGGUAGAAAAUUAUCAGCCAGUUCUAUAAACCCUUCAUCAUUUGUGAUAGAACAUUCCCCACCCACCCCUAUUUCCAAUAUGUGUUUUUGAGUGGCAAAUGACUGUAUUUCUAGUCUGGGAGAUACUAACUUUCUAUAUUCUUCUGUUCCCAAUCAAUUAUGAUAACAGGAAGACAUACCCUUUCCAUCUUUAAUCUACACUUGGUUUUCUGGAAACCUUACCUAAGAAUAAAGACUUUUACGCACAUGUGUUAAGAGGCCUGCAUUUCUCAGAGUUAUUGAGGACCUGAAGGGGCCAGCGCUCUUCCCGGAUAGACCUGUGGUCUUCAGAGCAAUUUGUCCAAUCAGGUCCUUAAGACAAAGAAUAGAAUGAGAGGAUUACAGCCUCAUCCAAUAAGCACUGGACCCAGCAGUGCCUCUGUUCAUUUCAGCAGAGAGGUGCAGAUUGAGAUUACCAAAUCCAAGUAGGAAUUGUCUUCAAAUGAACAAACAAGUGGCAAACUAUUUCCUCACCCCACUUCUUCACUGACCCCUGUACCACCUCCACAUAAGCUCUCUUUCCAUGGCACCUUGAAGAACCAAGGUACAGCUGGUAAAUUGAUGGGUAUUUCCCCCCCCCCCGAAGAUACAGGUUUUGUCUCUGUUAACAUUUAGGAGUGGAUUUCAAAAGAACUGUGAUUUGGGUAACAAAAUGCUUGAAAGGAAAGGUGGUGAGUGAUUAAAGGGAAACUGAAAAUAAGCAUGGCAUUGAAUUUUACUUGAAAUUUUAUUAACUCUGGAAAGAUAGAAUGCUUAAAAAAAUAUUUAAAAGCUGCACCUUGGCAACUUUCCACAUGCUCAAAACGAUAGCACUAGAUACUAACAAAUAAAACUACAUACUAAGUCAAACAGAAAUGUGUAUGACAAUUUCCUUCAGCCAACAUGCAGUUUUUUUCUUUUGUGCCUGUCUUGUUUGCCUAACAUUCAUAACAGGUAAAAGUUAAAAGGUGUUUGGAAGAGGGAAUGUUACUGCAUAAAAGCUACAAAGCUAACAUAACAAACACCCUUAAAUUAUUGUCUGUCUUCUGGGCUAGUGCAGACUACAACAGUUGGGUCAGUUAGCCUCAAGCAUUGCUUAAGACUUGUAUUACUUCUGAAAGACGUUUGGGCUUCCGUCAAUGCUCAGUGAUAAGGUGGUGUCAUGAGGAAGUGAAUCACCCACCACCAACUGCUUUUUUAUUAUGUUUGUCACUGACCUCACCCUUAAAUAGCUCAUGACCAAUUUUGAUUGUCUCCUCCACCAACCUCCUUCUUCCUUUUGGGUUCCAGCAAUUGCACUCCAUUCUAUAAAAUCUUGGUAAGCUGGUAUGACCUGGAAGGCUGGGCUUUUGGGGAAAAGGUGGGAACUCUUAAUUCACUCCAGAAAGUGUUGUUGUUUUUUAAUGCCACCUUCUUCAGCAUUUUCUUUCUUUGGUCCCCUCCUCAGGAUGCCUUUCUUACAUAAUUUGAAGGAGAUAACUAGACCAAACCAUACACCACCAGUAGCAAUCCUGUGCCUCAGCUAGUUCAGGGUACUUGAGCCUGAGUAAGACUAGCCAUCCUGUUGGAGGGGGCCAAAGAAAUGAAUACGAUCAGCACAUGAGUUGGUCAACUCUCAUCAUCCUUGAUCAUCAGCUGUGCUGGAUGGUUCACAUUUUAAUGUGAUUGCCAUUGAAAUAACUGGUACUUAAUGCCUUUUUGUACAACCAGCUGGGCAUGAGAUAGUGGGGAAAGGCUUGCCUAUACAGACACUUACAUGCCCAUAAAGAACUGGUUGUGUGCAUUUGCUGCCACAGGCAGAUUUGAAAUGUGUCUAGUUGUGAUGGCACAUGGAAGCCAGCUCUCGCAUAUUAGAUUAGAUUGGUUCAUUUGUAAAAUAACACUAUGAAAGUAAUACAGAGUAGUAUCAAUAGAGUUAACUCAGACCUAAAUAAACUGCAACAUAAACUUAAAAUGCUGAAUUUCCCUGGCAGUUCACAACAAAUCCCUUUAAAAAGGAAAAAAUAAUAAUCCUCUUUUAGCAAAUGUUAGAAUGAAAUAGUAAAGCAGCUCUUGUGUAGGACUAUGGAUGCACACAUCCUGCCUGUCAAAUUUAUAUGCAAAUAAGACAGGAAUUUAGAUCAUAAUAUAUCGCUUAACAUUCUCAUCAAGAAGCUAAUGCACCUUUUAAAAUAAUGCAAAAUACUUCCAGCCAAUAAUUUCUUUAAUCAGUACAAAGAUUCAUGUGUCUAGUAUCUGGUGUAUGUGUUUUUUUAAAAAAAAGAAUUUUAAUUGGCUCCAAAGCUUAUGGCAGUUGUACAGCUUUUUAUUUGGCUUCCACAUUUUGAAAGCAUUCUCAAAAAAAUCCAGCAGGAAUCCAAGUGACACUGCCAGUGUUCACUCUAUUGUAUAAAAAUCAAUAGUUCCUUGUUUCCCCCCCUUUCGUUUUAAACAAUACAUAAAUAAUAUUGGCAUUGGCAAAAAGAAGCCACAUGCUUCAGCCAGCCCUAUAAUUUGGGUUAGUGUGAAUACCAAUUAGACUAUUACUGUUGCACAGUAUUUGGGCAUGUUUAACAAAAGAUUAAAUUAAGGGAUAUAUAAGGAACAGAAAACAUGUUUCAGAGAAGAGCGUAAACCUGAUUCUUUGUGCUGACUGAUGAUUCGGAGCCUCCUUGUGUCACCCUAGCCUAGCCUUAUUUUAAAUUGGCAUAUCUUGCCAGCUCUUUCUGGUUCUUAGCCAGUUUGGUCAGUAGAAAGGACCAGAGAGUGACAUGGCAAAGAUUUGUUAUAGCCCAGGAUGGACAUUUAUCAUCCCUCCACCUGCCUCCCAACAUGUUGACCUAACUGACCAUGAUAGCAUCCUCACUGUUGUUUCAACAUGCUGAAAUCUGGAAUUUAGAAAGGUCAAACCCAGUCCCAGUGCCAAUGUAACAACAACAACAACAACAAAGAGAGGUAAAGGUAAAGGACCCCUGGCAGUUAAGUCCAGUUGCAUACGACUCUGCGGUUGCAGCACUCAUCUCGCUUUACAGGCCGAGGGAGCCGGUGUUUGUCCGCAGACACUUUUUCUGGGUCAUGUGGCCAGCAUGACUAAGCCGCUUCUGGUGCAACAGAAUACCGGAACCAGAGCAGCGCACAGAGACACCAUUUAUCUUCCCGCCUGAGCAGUACUUAUUUAUCUACUUGCAGUUUUUGGCGUGCUUUCAAACUGCUAGGUUGGCAGGGGCUGGGACCGAGCAACGGGAGCUCACCCCGUCAUGGGGAUUCGAACUGCCGACCUUCUUUCGGCAAGCCCAAGAGGCUAGACCACAGCACCACCACUAUAUGUCAAUAACUUGUUUCAUCAAAGCGGCUUGCUCUAUAACAUAAAAAAAUCACAAUGCUUGUUGAUUUUCAGCACUGAAUUUUUUGUGUGUUUUUGUUUAUUGCAUGUUUGUUUAUUGUUUUUGCAUCUUUUUCAGGGAAAAGUAUGCAAGGGCAAACUAUGACACCUAUUAAGCUAAAUUUAAACCCUUACAUGACUUGGGACCCAAAUAUCAGUUGGACUGCUGUAAUGGACUGGCUGGAUGCAGCUGAGUGGUGGGAGGCAGCAGCUGGAGAACCCCCAAGGAAACAAGGCUGAGAGCCAGAGGAUUGGUGGUGGGACAAUGAGGGAGGGAGCCGACUGGGAGGAGGAGGUGCCAGCAGCUGAAGAGGUAACAAGGUUUAGUGAGCAGGAAGAGGCUGUGGCAGAAAGCAAUCCAGAGGUGGAAGCGGAGGCCAGAGAGGAGGUGGGCCAAGGGGCAGAAUGGAGGCAGGCUCAAGAAUCCAGAGAGUCUCCCCCCUUCUGUUGUGGUGGCCAGGUCCCCUACCCCCAGUCUAGAACACAGAGAAAUGAAAAGAGCAGAGCAGAGAUUGGCUGUGCACAGACGCAGCUUGGGAAGAGCAGGAGCCUUAGUGAGUGGUGGGAAGGUGCGGACCUUUCAGCCCUCACAACUGCCUUAUUGGAGCAAGACCUGCUGGGAUCACUAGACCUGCACUGUUCUGUUUUCUUUGAAUAAAAAGUUAACUGCAAUUACACCAUGUUUUUCUAUUGCUGACAUACGCUUGACUCCUGCUCCUGACAAUGCGCCCAUCCACAGAGAUUGUUCUCAGAAGUCCUUUCUUCAGCUGCCCCUGCUGUCUGCAGUAUGGCAGGUGGUGACUGGAGACUGCCCUUCUUCAACAGUUGUUGAA